CGCCUGCUCGUUCUCUCGCUUUCCCCGCCCCCGUCAGGUUUGCCGUGGCUGAAAGGAGCCGGGCGCGCGCUGUCGCAACCUGUCCUCCUCCCAGGCGGCGACGGAAAGACCGGCCCGGCAUCGAGACCAGCCUCCCCGUCCCGGCAGCUGCGGCGAGGGCUCCGCGGGGCGCAGGCGGGCUCAGGGCGGCUGAAGGUUACCGAGUGCAUGAGCACCUAGUCUCCCGCGCUGCCCCGCCUGCCGGCCCGCCGGCCCUCCCGCCGGCUCGCCCGCCAGCCCCUCGCCACCCGGCGGCGGCCGCAGCUUCGGCCGCAGGAGGCGCCGUCUCGCUCCCAGGUGCGCGCUUCGUUCCCGGAGCCGCGGAGCUCGGCGGCCGCCAUGGCGUCCAACAUGGACCGGGAGAUGAUCCUUGCGGAUUUUCAGGCAUGUACUGGUAUUGAAAACAUCGAUGAAGCUAUUACACUGCUUGAGCAGAAUAACUGGGACUUGGUGGCAGCUAUCAAUGGUGUAAUACCCCAGGAAAAUGGCAUUCUACAAAGUGACUUUGGAGGUGAGACCAUGCCAGGACCCACGUUUGAUCCAGCAAGUCACCCUGCUCCAGCUCCAACUCCCUCUUCUUCAGCGUUUCGACCUGUCAUGCCAUCCAGGCAGAUUGUAGAAAGGCAGCCUCGAAUGCUAGACUUCAGAGUUGAAUACAGAGACAGAAAUGUUGAUGUGGUACUUGAAGACAGCUGUACUGUUGGAGAGAUUAAACAGAUUCUAGAAAAUGAACUUCAGAUACCUGUGCCUAAAAUGCUGUUAAAAGGCUGGAAGACUGGAGACGUGGAAGACAGUACGGUCUUAAAAUCACUACACUUGCCAAAAAACAACAGUCUUUAUGUCCUCACACCAGACUUACCACCACCUUCAUCAUCCAGUCAUGCUGGGUCUAUAGUGGAUUUGCUUGUACCUAAAUUAUUUGGUAGCGUAAAGAGAAAUGUGUAUGAUCUUACAAGCAUACCUGUUCGACAUCAGUUAUGGGAGGGCUGGCCACCUUCUGCCACCGAUGAUUCAAUGUGUCUUGCUGAAUCAGGACUCUCUUAUCCCUGUCAUCGACUAACUGUGGGAAGAAGAACUUCACCUGUACAGACCCGUGAGCAAUCAGAAGAGCAAAGCACGGAUGUUCAUAUGGUUAGUGAUAGUGAUGGAGAUGACUUUGAAGACGCUUCAGAAUUUGGAGUAGAUGACGGAGAAGUAUUUGGCAUGGCAUCAUCUACCCUGAGAAAAUCUCCAAUGAUGCCAGAAAACGCAGAAAAUGAAGGAGAUGCCUUAUUACAAUUUACAGCAGAGUUUUCUUCAAGAUAUGGUGACUGCCAUCCUGUAUUUUUUAUUGGCUCAUUAGAAGCUGCUUUCCAAGAGGCCUUCUAUGUGAAAGCUCGAGACAGAAAGCUUCUUGCUAUCUACCUCCACCAUGAUGAAAGUGUACUAACCAACGUGUUCUGCUCACAAAUGCUUUGUGCUGAAUCCAUUGUUUCUUAUCUGAGUCAAAAUUUUAUAACCUGGGCUUGGGAUCUGACAAAGGAUGCCAACAGAGCAAGAUUUCUGACAAUGUGCAAUAGACACUUUGGCAGCGUGAUUGCACAAACCAUUCGGACUCAAAAGACAGAUCAAUUUCCACUUUUCCUGAUUAUCAUGGGAAAGCGAUCAUCUAAUGAAGUGUUAAAUGUGAUACAAGGUAAUACAACAGUGGAUGAGUUAAUGAUGCGACUCAUGGCUGCGAUGGAGAUUUUCUCAGCUCAACAACAGGAAGACAUAAAGGAUGAGGAUGAACGUGAAGCCAGAGAAAAUGUGAAGAGAGAGCAAGAUGAGGCCUAUCGCCUUUCCCUUGAAGCUGACAGAGCAAAGAGAGAAGCUCAUGAGAGAGAGAUGGCAGAACAGUUUCGUUUGGAGCAGAUUCGCAAAGAGCAAGAAGAGGAACGCGAGGCCAUCAGACUCUCCUUAGAACAAGCCCUGCCUCCAGAGCCAAAGGAGGAAAAUGCUGAGCCUGUUAGCAAGCUUCGGAUUCGAACCCCCAGUGGAGAGUUCCUGGAACGGCGUUUCCUGGCCAGCAAUAAGCUCCAGAUUGUCUUUGAUUUCGUGGCUUCCAAGGGGUUUCCAUGGGAUGAGUUCAAGUUACUGAGCACCUUUCCUAGGAGAGACGUAACUCAGCUAGACCCCAAUAAGUCAUUAUUGGAGGUAAACUUGUUCCCUCAAGAAACCCUUUUCCUUCAAGCAAAAGAGUAAAACAUGACUGAGUGGUGGAAGCAGCCACUCCUGACAAGCCAGCGGCACGUGUCAAGAGAUGGGCUCCUCACCAACCCACCUACAUGCUCAUGUCACUCAGUUCAAUGUCACACUUCUGCCUCUUGCAAGAUUGCUGGAAAAAAGUAAUAAACAUAGCUACUUAAAAUUUCCCAUCCAUGAGUAUAUAUUCCCCAUUCCUCAUGAUGGAGCACCACAACUCCAUUGCCCUCUCCUCAUACCUGCCUUUCUCCCUUGUUUAAUGACUAAUGUUCUGUUGUGUGUGAGUGGCCCUGGGGGGAACUUAACCCAUCUUUCCCUCAUUGUCCAGGACAGUUCUUUCUGUCCUUGACAUCAGGAUGCUGUCUGUAUAUUUGAUAUGUCUCAUUGAGCCAGGGCCCAUACCCUCUGGCUUUUCGUGUCUAUAACUGCAUUUUAAGUUUAUCACCUAAUUUUAAAAGGCAAAGUU